GUUCUUUUAUUUAAACAACUUUGAACUCCCCAUAUUUCAAAAUUACAUAUUCAUUGUUUACUCAUCAACUCCCUCCAAAUAUCUAUUAUUCGUUAUAGUUAUCAAUUGAACAUAUGGCAGAAGCUUUCCUUCAAAUUCUGAUAGACAAUCUGAGUUCUUUCAUCCAAGGGGAACUUGGAUUGUUUUUUGGUUUUAAGGAGGAGUUUGAAAAGCUUUCAAGCAGGUUUUCUACAAUUCAAGCGGUGCUAAAAGAUGCCCAGGAGAAGCAACUAAAGGACAAGCCUAGUUUUGUUUUAACUGAACCACAAGUUUAUGGAAGGGACAAAGAAAAGGAUGACAUAGUGAAAAUCCUGGUAAAUAAUGUUAGUGAUUCCCAAGAACUUUCAGUCCUCCCUAUAAUCGGUAUGGGGGGACUAGGAAAAACAACACUUGCCCAAAUGGUCUAUAAUGAUCCGAGAGUGACUGAUCAUUCCUAGCCCAAAAUAUGGGUUUGUGUCUCAGAUGAUUUUGAUGUGAAGAGAUUGAUAAAGGCAAUUGUAAAAUCAAUUGAUGAAAAAAGUUCUCAUGAUGUCAACGACUUAGCUCCCCUUCAAAAAAAACUUCAGGAGUUGUUGAAUGGAAAAAGAUACUUUCUUGUUCUGGAUGAUGUUUGGAAUGAAGAUCAAGAGAAGUGGGCUAAUGUAAGAGCAGUAUUGAAGGUUGGAGCAAGUGGUGCUUCCAUUCUAGUCACUACUCGUCUUGAAAAGGUUGGAUCAAUUAUGGGAACUUUGCCACCAUAUCAGUUAACCAAUUUGUCUCAAGAAGAUUGUUGGAUGUUGUUCACGCAACGUGCAUUUGGGCACCAAGAAGAAAUAAAUCCUAAGCUUGUGGCUAUUGGAAAGGAGAUUGUGAAGAAAUGUGGGGGUGUGCCUUUAGCAGCGAAGACUCUUGGAGGUCUUUUACGCUUCAAGAGAGAAGAACAUGAAUGGGAACAUAUUAGAGAUAAUGAGAUAUGGAAUUUACCACAAGAUGAAAAUUCUAUUUUGCCUGUCCUGAGACUGAGUUACCAUCACCUUCCACUUGAUUUGAGACAAUGCUUUGCGUAUUAUGCAGUAUUCCCCAAGGACACCAAAAUGGAAAAGGAAAAGCUAAGCUCUCUCUGGAUAGCACACGACUUUCUUUUAUCGAGAGGAAACUUGGAGCUAUAGGAUGUGGGUAAUGAAGUAUGGAAAGAAUUAUACUUGAGGUCUUUCUUUCAAGAGGUCGAAGAAGAUAAAUCUGCUAGUAAAACUUAUUUCAAGAUGCAUGAUCUUGUCCAUGAUUUGGCUACAUCUCUGUUUUCAGCAAGCACAUCAAGCAGCAAUAUCCGUGAAAUGAAUGUAGAAGAAGAUUAUGAAAAUAUGAUGUCCAUUGGUUUUGCUAAAGUGGUGUUAUCUUACUCUCCUUUGCUCUUGACAAAGUUUGUCUCGUUAAGGGUGCUUAAUCUUAGUGACUCAAAUAUUAAGCAGUUAUCGUCUUCCAUUAGAGAUCUAGGACAUUUAAGAUACCUGGACCUGUCUGAUAAUAUGGAUAUUAUUAGUCUUCCAAAAAGGUUAUGCAAGCUUCAAAAUCUGCCAACUCUUAAUCUAUCAGAUUGCAAAUCAUUUUCUUGUUUGCCAAAACAAACAAGUAAACUUUGUAGUCUCCGAAAUCUUUUACUUGAUGACUGUCCCUUGACUUCUAUGCCACCAAAGAUGGGAUCUUUGACCUGCCUUAAAACUCUAGGUUUCUUUAUUGUGGGCGAGAGGAAAGGUUAUCAACUUGGUGAACUCCGAAACUUAAACCUCCAUGGCUCAAUUUCAAUCACACACCUUGAGAGAGUUAAGAACUACAAAGAGGCAGAAGAAGCCAAUUUAUCUGCAAAAGCAAAUCUGCACUCUUUAAGCAUGGAUUGGGAUAGAUGGGGACCACAUAGAUAUGAAUCAGAAGAAGUUAAACUGCUUGAAGCUCUAAAACCACACCAUCUGAAAUCAUUAAGAAUCACUAGCUUUAGAGGAUCCCGUUUCCCAGAUUGGAUAAAGCACUCAGUUCUGGAAAAGGUCGUCACUAUUGAAAUUAGAGACUGCAAAAACUGCUCGCGCUUACCACCUUGCGGGGAGCUGCAUUGUCUAGAAAGUCUAGAGUUACACGAGGGGUAUGAGGAGGUGGAUUAUGUUGAAGAGGAUGAUGUUCAUUCCGGAUUCCCCACAAGAAGAAGGUUUCCAUCCCUGAGAAAACUUGAUAUAAGGUUCUUUGAUGAUCUAAAAGGAUUGCUGAAAAAGGAAGGAGGAGAGCAAUUCCCCAUGCUUGAAGAGAUGACGAUUUGGGAGUGCCCUAUGUUUGUUUUUCUAGCCCUUUCUUCUGUCAAGAAACUGGAAAUUUGGGGGGAGUUAGAUGCAACAGGUUUGAGCUCCAUAUCUAAUCUUGCAAAUCUCAAAUCCUUGAUUAUCGUUGGCAUCAAUGAUCUCAAAGAGCUGCCUACCAGCCUAGUUAGUCUCAAUGCUUUGAAGUGUCUGGUUAUUGAUUAUUGUAACGCACUAGAGAGUCUCCCCGAGGAAGGGCUGAAAGGUUUAACUUCACUCACGGAGUUAUCUGUUUACAACUGUGAGAUGCUAAAAUCUUUACCCGAGGGAUUGAAGCACCUAACUGCCCUCACAAGUUUAAUAGUUAGAGAUUGUCCAGAACUGAAAAGGCGUUGUGAGAGGGGAAUAGGAGAAGACUGGCACAAAAUUGCUCACAUUCCUAAUGUGUAUAUUUGAUGAGUCUUUUUUGUAAUUGUUUCUAGGGUUCUUUGUUUGUGAAUCUCCCACAUUGGUCCCUGCCAUUGGAUGCAAUUUUAUGAUUUUCUUUUAGAAACAAAUGAACGAUUUCUAAAGAUCUAUUUGUAUUAUACUUGUUAAUGUAAAAUUCAUUCACUCAA